AUGGCGCCUACACAACUAGAAAUCAAAGAACGAGCACUCAAGAGAUUAUGCAAAGAGGAACAUUUCUAUCAAGAAGAGCUUGAACAACAGAAACUCCAUGUCAAAAAAUUACAAUCAGAUCCAUCAGUAGAUCCAUAUGAUCUAAAGAAGCAAGUUGAAGUGCAACAAGAUACAGAAAGGCUACUUCCAGAAUUGUAUAAAAAGAUCAAACAAUUUAGGGAUGACCUCGAUAAAUACCUAAGCUCAUACGAGGGUACAGAGGAUUUAGAGUCUGCAAAGGCCGCGCUUGAAACUGCUGAUGAACUUUUGAAGAACUAG